CAAACUGAUAUCAACGAAAGCGGAAAAAAACAGGCGACUAUUUUCCCAGCUUUGUGCCAUUUCUUUCGUCUGUUUCGGCUCCUCACCACCUUUUUUUCAACCUUCUCGCCGGCGAAACGCCGUACGCGGCGGCUCUUUUCACCGGUCAGAGCCGGAAGCGAUUACCUUCUAAUGCUCGCCGAUUUUCAAAGGUUUUUGUCUUCUAAUUCACCGCUCCUUUCCCGGUGAUGGAGACAAAUAAUUCUCUUCUACAACGGUAUCGUGACGAUCGUCGGAAGCUUCUAGAGUUUCUGUUAUCAUGUGGAUUAAUUAAAGAAAUUCGAACUCCUUCGGGUCCUACUUUCUCCCUCUCUAACAUCAAUCUCGAUGUUAUCAGUGCUGAUUAUGUCCUUGAAUGUGUACAAUCUGGUGGGGUGGUGGAUGUAUCUUUAGCAGCUAAGAAGUAUCACGAUGAUCAUAGACAUCCAAAAACAAUGCAGUUGCACACAGGCGAUGUGUAUUUUCUUGUUACAGAUCCAGAAGCAGCUGGAUCCCACCCUCAGCGUGCACCACCUCCUAUCAUGAAGAAUCACUCUAACAACAAUGGACCAUGCCAUUCUGAUUAUGCAGAUUUCUCUCUCUAUGGUGAUGACCAUGGGGUAGACAGUAAAGCUACAGGAACUGCAGGGUCAUUUCCCAUUAAUCUAGCUGAUCUUCCAUCAAUAGGAAUGCCUGUACUGAAAACAGGACUACUGGACGAUGAUCUGCGUGAAUCUGCCUAUGAAGUAUUUCUUGCUUGCAUGGUGUGCUCUGGGCUUGAGAUUAGCUUGGCCGAGGCUAAAAAGAAAGAGAAGAGUCCUAGAUUUCUGGCUGGGCUGAAGAAUAGAAGGGAGAAAAGACAUUCACGAUCCAUGUCUGGGUCAUUGGCUUUUGAUAGAAAUACGGAGCUCAUCGAAACUUUCAGGACGCAAAUGCAGAUCUCAGAGGCAAUGGAUGCUCUUAUUCGGCGAAAGUUGGUGCGCUUGGCUUCUGGGAAAUCAUUUGGACAGAUCGAUGUUGCUCAAAUCGCACUGGGGCUUUUGAAUGGCACAAUGAAGUCUGAAUUUCAGAAUGAGAAGUCAUAUAUCCAAUGGAAGAACAGACAAGCUAAUAUCCUUGAAGAACUUUUAUCUGCUGAGCAAUCAGUUGGAACUCUUCUUGCAAAGAUUAGGAACUUUGAGGAAUGGGACAUUAAGAUGUCUCCCUCUGAAUGCAGAGACGUGCUAUUUUCCAUUAGAAAUGUUGCUUUGACGUUGUCAUCUAUGCCUGGGAAUCUGGGUAUACAAGGCGAGACAUAUUACUGGAGUGCUGGUUAUCCCUUUCACAUAAGGCUGUAUCAGAAGCUACUCCUUGGUGUAUUUGACAUUCUGGAAGAUGGCCGGCUCAUAGAGGAAGCUGAUGAAAUCCUAAAGCUCAUCAAAUCAACAUGGCCUUUGUUGGGCAUUACCCAGAAGUUACAUGAUGUGUUAUAUGGAUGGGUGCUUUUUCAGCAGUUUGUUGGGACAGAGGAGGCAAUGCUUUUGGACUAUGCAGUUCGUAAAGUGCGGAAUAUUCUGUCACCUGAAGAUGUUGGAAAGAAGGAAACGAAGUAUUUGGAGAGCCUAGUUUGUUGUACUCGCCGAAAUGGGUCUGAGAUUAGGCUAAAUUUGGUGCAAUCUAUCCUUUGGUCAAUUAGUUUAUGGUGUGACAACAAAUUGCUUGAUUAUCAUUGGCAUUUUCGUCAGAAGCCUCGUCUUUUCAAGGGGGUGUUAUCCAUGGCGUUGGUGGCAGGAAAUCAGAAGUUCGGUGCGUCUGGAAAUAUGGAGCUGAUGCUCGAUGCUUCAGAUGAGAUCAUUGCUAGCAAAGUCAGAAUGUAUGUUGAGACGUCUGCAGAAGCUGCUUGCAAGAGGGUUACUGGUGCAAUAAAUGCUGGAUCUAAAGUAGAUAAGAAACAUCCUUUGGCUUUGCUUGCAAGUGAAUUAAAAUCAAUUGCUGAGAAACAGCUAACUGUGUACCAUCCGGUCCUCAGGCAUUGGUGUGCUGAAGCUGGAGUAGUCUCAGCUUUGAAAUUGCACAGAUUUUAUGGUGAAAGACUGGAGCCAUUUCUCAAGAAUAUAUCUUGCCUUUCCGAAGAUGUGAAGCAGGUGCUUGCUGCAGCUAUUCUAUUGGAGAAUUAUCUCCUUGAGCUCCAUUCAUCAGAACCAGUAGAAAAUGGCAUGCAUUCCCCAUUGAUGUUAGACUUUGAGCGUAAGAUUGGAGAAAUCGCAAGGCCGAUUAUUCUUGAUUGGGUGAUUGCUCAGCAUGCGAGGAUACUUGAAUGGACUGGGCGUGCUGCUGAUCUCGAGAACUGGGAACCCCUAUCACAUCAGCAGAAACAAGCAGCUUCAGCUGUAGAAGUAUUUAGAAUUAUAGAGGAGACUGUUGAUCAAUUUUUUGAGCUGAGGCUUCCAGUGGAUAUCACGCACUUGCAGGCUUUGCUUUCCAUAAUAUUUCACACGUUGGAUGCCUACUUGCAAAAAGUGGUUAACCAGUUAGGUAGCGUGAUU